GCUGGCGCGGCUUAAAAGGGCAGCGGCGGGUGGACCCCGCCCGGCGCGGGCGGUUCCGGGGCGGCGGCGGCACCGGCGCAUGGCGGCGCUUCCGCUGCGGGCGCGGCGGCACCAUGAACUACAUGCCCGGCACGGCCAGCCUGAUCCAGGACAUCGACAAGAAGCACCUGGUGCUGCUGCGGGACGGCCGGACGCUCAUCGGGUUCCUGCGCAGCAUCGACCAGUUCGCAAACUUGGUGUUGCACCAGACUGUGGAGCGCAUCCACGUGGGCAAGAAGUAUGGGGACAUCCCUCGGGGCAUCUUCGUCGUGAGGGGCGAGAAUGUGGUGCUGCUGGGCGAAAUUGACCUGGAGAAGGAGUGCGACACCCCUCUGCAGCAGGUGUCCAUCGAGGAGAUCCUGGAGGAGCAGCGGGUGGAGCAGCAGGCCAAGCAGGAGUCGGAGAAGCUGAAGGUGCAGGCGCUGAAGGAGCGGGGCCUCUCGGUGCCGCGGGCGGACACGCUGGACGAGUACUGAGGCUGCUGCCCCUCCUGGAGCCAGGGCUGCUCUGUGACCGCCUGGGCAGGGACACAUUUCCUUGGGAAGGCAGGUUGUAUUUGCAGAUUAGAUUGUAUUUUCCGUGGUGCUGGUAACUGUACACAAAUCAUGCCUUGAGUCUCCUUGUGGAGAGGGAGUGCACUCCCGGUGCACUGGGAGUGCAAGCAUUUGUGUUUGGAAGGCAAAUCACUGCUCCUUGGCUUUGUUUGCUUUUUCCUCCUCACGUGACUCUGGGUGAGUUUUCCUUGACAUGUAAAUAAAUCCUUGAUCCUGA